AUGGUGAAGGCUCAAGUUGAAGUAAAAGGCAAAGCAAGGAGAGGGAGACCUCCCAAAAACAUUAAUGUUUCUGAAGAUUCAUGUUCUUUAAACUCUGGUCGUCCAGCACCUAAUCUACACAGACCUUGGUUUCAAGAGCAACAUCUAUCACUCACACCAUCAACCUUAAUCGGCCAACUAUCAGAUGAAGCUCUCUUGGCUGUGGCUAAUGGAAGACAAGCCGGACAGAGAAGACAACAAAUCCGCAGAAGUAAACGUGACAAGUUACCACAGCAAGCUGUUGUGAAGGAGACACGAAAUUCUCCCAGAAUGUUUAGCAUAUGCUGUCAGAAAGGACGUGUUAAGCUACCACCUAGGCGUCAGCCACCAUCGCCACUUAAAGAACUGCUUGAUAGACCCAGUUUUGUGCUACAGAUCCGAGUGGCCAAUGGAAUGUUAUCAUUCACCUCAAUGGGUGGCUCCAUGGACAAACCCACCACAGGAUUGGCUCUCUUCUCCCACCCGAAGGCACAGUUUCUGCAGUUGUAUAUAGUGGACACAGACAAUGAGGUAACAAACAGGAAGAAGGCUUUCAGCAAAGGUACAUCUUCUGUGGAGAUUCAUGACAAUUUGAUAGCUGGUUUAAUAAAGAUGCUGGAUGAGAAUAAUCACCUGGCCAAAACUUUCCGGCAUGCAAGGGAUCGUCUAUUAUUUGGUGAUGCAGUUGAGUUCAGUAUCACUUUAGUUAAUCAGAAGCAUAGAGGAAGGCAAUAUGACUUGCCAACUGCUGGAGAGAUUGGUGGCCUGAUAAUUGGUGAUUUCAAUUCAGAAGCGGCAGGUAAAGACAUUGUGCUUGAGUACAAAUCAUCAAAGCUCCAGAGGAUAAGUGAUUUACAUCCUCUAUUCAUGAGCCUUCAGUACCCAUUACUCUUUCCAUAUGGAGAGUACAGCUAUGACGAGAGAAUUCCCUAUGAUGUGUCUGUAAACUCUAAAAUAAAAAGAGAAUGUAUGACCAUGAGAGAGUACUACGCUCACCAGAUCCAAACAAGGCCAUCUGAGGGUAUGACUAUCAUCAAGUCCGGAAAGCUACUGCACCAGUAUAUUGUCGAUACUUACACUGCAACAGAGCAGGAGAGGCUACGAUUUCUCAGACUUAACCAGAAACAACUCCGGGCUGAGUUAUAUACAAACGUCUGCGACGCCUUAGACAAUGGAGAUACGGAUGCUGCCCACCUAGGGAAAAAAGUCAUAUUGCCUUCUUCAUUCACUGCAGGACCAUGCUACAUGUCUGAGAAAUAUCAAGAUGCCAUGGCUAUCUGUCGUUUUUAUGGUAACCCCCACCUUUUCAUCACAUUCACAGCUAACCCAAAUUGGGUUGAACUGAAAGAACACCUGGACGCCUAUAGAGGCGAUUCACCCAACAACAGACCAGACCUUGAGUGCAGAGUUUUUAAGCUCAAGUUAAACGAGAUGCUGUCUGACUUUAAGAAAGGGGUUUUUUUCCCAAAACCGGUUGCAGCCUAUACAGUUGUCUACACAAUUGAGUUCCAGAAACGAGGACUCCCACACGCCCAUAUUCUUCUAUGGUUCGAAGGUUUUAAAGGAGAAGCCACUGCUGCAGUUAUUGAUCAGUACAUAACAGCUGAACUACCUCACAGAGACACAGACAGAGAGGGUUUCGAGUUGGUUGAGAGGCACAUGAUUCACGGGCCAUGUGGGAACAAACACCCUCAAUCACCCUGCAUGGAGAAAGGAGAGUGCACAAAGAAGUACCCGAAAAACUACUCAAACACCACAAAGAUUGACAAGUAUGGCUUUGUUGUUUACAAAAGACGAGCUCAUAGUAGCUCAUACGUUCUGAAAGGAAGAGUAGAGCUAGACAAUCAAUACGUCGUGCCACAUAACCUCCCCCUCCUUAAAAAAUAUCAAGCACACAUCAAUGUAGAGUGGUGCUGCAAGACCAGCGCUAUCAAAUAUCUCUUCAAAUACAUAACUAAGGGUGUAGACCGAGCACUACUACUGCUUCAGGAGAAGGGGAAGAGCAGAGAAGAAAUCGAGAAAAAGAAACAGCAUCUUGAGCUUGAUGAGAUAGAUCGAUUUCAGGAGUGCCGGAAACAUAUCUUAUAG